AUGGAGUUUGAUACUUAUGAUUAUGAGUUCUUGAUGACGGGAAUUCCUCCCGGUUAUCGAUUUGAACCAACUGACAUUGAGCUCCUUCAAGAUUACCUCUUGAAGAAAGUGAAUGGUGAACCGUUACCCUAUAAUAUUAUCUCCGAAUGCGAAAUCUAUGGCAACCAAGGUAAAGAGCCAUGGAAGAUUUUCAUUGAGACUUCAACCAAAACCUUUUAUGUUUUCACCAAGUUGAAGAAAAAGAGUAAAGGCAAAAAUAUUGAUCGAGUAGCUGGGUGUGGGACAUGGAAAGGUCAAAGAACCGAUCCUAUUAUGUAUGAGGAGAUGAAAAUCGGGAAUCGGAAACUUUUUGUUUUUCAAGUGAAGGGUUCCAACGAAGGCGUAAAAGGGCAUUGGAUCAUGCACGAGUUUUCGCUUGUUGACGAGGAAGACAAACAAAUCGGUGAUUAUGUUCUUUGUAGUAUUCGGAAUAAAAAUGCUAAAGAUGACACUGAAGAAGAGGAGCCUCCGAUGAAAAAGAUGAGGUACAAUUCGGAAGACCACAAUUCUCCUGAACCAACCAGCAGUGACAGUCCUCUCCAAACCCUUCUCUCGGACUGGUCGUAG